AUGGGUAGAGAUCACACCACCAAGCAACACGCCAGAUCCGGUCACAGAGAAGCUCCAAAGUCCGACAACGUCUACUUGAAGUUGUUGGUCAAGCUUUACGCUUUCUUAGCUCGUCGUACUGAGGCUCCAUUCAACAAGGUCAUCUUGAGAUCUUUGUUCUUGUCCAAAAUCAACAAGCCACCAGUUUCUGUUUCUAGAAUCGCCAGAACCUUGAAGCAAAAGGGUGCUGCUUCCAAGACCAUCGUUGUUGUUGGUACCGUCACUGACGACAACAGAUUGUUGGAAUUCCCAAAGGCCACCGUCGCUGCCUUGAGAUUCACCGCUGGUGCCAAGGCCACCAUCUUGAAGGCUGGUGGUGAAGCCAUCACUUUGGACCAAUUGGCCCUCAGAGCUCCAAAGGGUGAAAACACCUUGAUCCUCAGAGGUCCAAGAAACGCCAGAGAAGCCGUCAGACACUUCGGUUUCGGUCCUCACAAGGGUAAGGCUCCAAGAAUCUUGUCUAAGGGUAGAAAGUUCGAAAGAGCUAGAGGUAGAAGAAACUCCAGAGGUUUCAAGGUCUAA